ACACACACACAAUUUAUUUGUUAGGUUGCAGGGGUGCUAACUCUUGCAAAAGAGUUUUGCAGAUUUGCAACGGGCAGCUGGUGGCAAUGUUGUUGCAUCACCCCAGAAAGAGACCCAGGAGGUCGGCCUGGAGCCCAGCCAGCCCCGAGCUCCACGUGUCUGGAGCAUUUGCACGUGGGCGCUUUUUGCACGGGAUGCCCCCAAGCCGCAGCCGAGAGAGAGGAAGGGGCCGGGGUGGGGGAGAGUCUUUGCCGCCGCUAGGAUUUCAGCCCGGGAGCGCUCCGAAGCCGAAAAUCCCCGAAGGCUUUUUUUUUUCCCCUCCGGAGCCCGAGCGCCUUCGGCUAGCGACUCCUCCCUCUCGGCUUCUCGCCGGGCGCGGCCGAGCGGCCCUUCGGCCAGGCGCGAAGGCCCUCCGAGCGGCGUUCGGGCGGGGCACGAGGCCGUCCGAGCGGCUCCGGAAAGAGCCGAGAAGCGCGCAAGGGCUGGGAAGCGUCGCGUCGAGCGAGCGGAGGGACGCGGGGCUGGUUGGCUGCGGGCGGAGAGAGCCGAAGACGCGGGGCGGAGCGGAGGGAUGGAGACCAGGAAGCUCAUCACCGCUACCGACAACCAAUAUUCUGGCAUGCUUUUGAAAGCGCUGGACGAGCAGCGAGGCCUCGGGCUUUUCUGCGACGUCACUGUGAUCGUGGAGGACCGCAAGUUUCGAGCCCACCGGAAUAUCCUUUCGGCUUCCAGCACUUAUUUCCACCAACUCUUUGCCGUGGCGGGACAAGUCGUUGAGCUGAACUUCAUCCGGGGGGAGGUUUUCGCGGAAAUCCUCAACUACAUCUACAGUUCCAAAAUCGUCCGGGUGCGAUCGGAUCUGCUCGAUGAACUGAUUAAAUCGGGGGAGUUGCUGGGGGUCAAAUUCCUCGCCGAGCUGGGCGUCCCGUUGCAACAGGUGAAGAGCAUGUCUUCGGAGGCCACACCCAGCGCUUCGGAGCUGCCCAUCCCGGAGGGCAAUGGGCCGAAAGCCCAGAAGCUCCCAGCCCCGUCUGAGCCCCAAGCUGUAAAACUCGGGAAGCCGAUAAUUACGGAAUCUUUUUCCCUCUACCGGGAGUCGUGUGAUUCCACUAAGAUCACCAUUAGUGAUUCCGAGGAUGAUGACGACGAUGUCAUUUUCUGCUCAGAGCUGGUCCCUUCUAAGGAACGUUCUGUGGAGACCAAAGUCAUAACCCAGAUCCCGCCUUGCCCAAAUGGGUCUUCUGAGGUAGCCAGCUCGUCCAACAGUCAUUCUCUCCCUCAACCGGUGGCAACUGCGCCUCCACGACUGCUCGACUCAUCGACGGUUCUUCCAAAUCCGGCUGAAAACCAAAAGCUUCUUGACCCACUUCCACCCCCAGCUCCAAAGACCACGACUCCAAAUGUCCUUGUGCUCAAUUCAUCUCGGGUUGAUGUCGCUCCAGGAGUUGGUCCGUCCCACGAAAUAGAGGUGUUGCCGAUUCCCGAGGAGAACCAGCAGCCAUCCACCAACGAUUCCUUAACUGACAUGGAAACCAAUGUCAUCGACGAGGAGGAAGAGGAAGAGGAAGAUGUGGAAGACGAUGAUGACAUUCUGGGUUUAUCCAGUCCCGGUUCAGCAAGCAGCAGUUCUCUGGUCCAGCAGCCCACCACUCCGAAACCUACCGUUGCGGCCGACAGCACAGCCGCCCAGAAGAAGCAAGUUGUGAACUUCCUGCCGGAACCCGUCUCCCAACCCAACGAAUUCAAGAUCCAGAUCUCCGAUGUUCUUUCCGGAGGCCUCAAGGACGCUCCCCCAAAUGUUGCGCCGAAGCACGUCACCGAAGGGCAGAAGAUCAUCACCUUAGACAAAACAACGGAGAUAGAAAGCUUGUCCACCGGCUGCAAAGUUUACGCCAACAUCGGCGAAGACACCUACGACAUCGUCAUCCCGGUGAAAAACGAGGCUGACGGGGAAGUUCAGCUGGACAACGUGCCGCACAACUCGGGCAACGAUUCCGCCAACCGCAAGCGCUUGAAAGUCAAACACGAUGACCACUACGAGCUGAUUAUGGACGGGAAGGUGUACUACAUCUGCAUUGUGUGCCGGAGAUCGUACGUCUGCCUGACCAGUUUACGGAGACACUUCAACGUUCAUUCCUGGGAGAAGAAAUACCCCUGUCGUUACUGCGAGAAGGUUUUCCCUCUGGCGGAGUACCGCACCAAGCACGAAAUCCACCACACCGGCGAGCGGCGGUACCAGUGCUUGGCUUGCGGCCAGUGUUUUAUCAAUUAUCAGGUGAUGGCCACUCAUCUUCGAUCGGUUCACAGCCAAGAUCCUACCGGGGAAUCAAAGCUGUACCGUUUGCAUCCGUGUCGGUCUUUGCAGAUCAGAAAUUACGCCUACAUUUCGGGGAGUUCCAACAAUAUCCCGGUCACCAAUGACAAUGCCCUGGUUUAUGCUGGCAGUCCUCCAAAAGAGACCCCUCAGGAACCGGUCCCGAACCAACCCGUGAAGCCAAUGACUUGGGACGACAUCUUCGUCCAACAAGGAAACGAAACCCUCUUUAAACAAAACCCAUCGGACGGCACCUCCGAAUUUGAGUUCGUGAUACCAGAAUCUUACUGAAGGUGUUGCGAAAAAUGUGUGUGUGUGUGGGGGAAAUGUUUUGUUUCGUUAUCAAAAGUGGGAGGAAAGUUUUUGUGGUUGUUGGUUGUUUUAAAAGAAAAAAAACAAAACACCAGAGCUCUUUCUCAACGGGCCCCUUGGAAGCUUCGAGAGAGCUUUCUCCCAUUACGAAACACGUCCGCGUGCUUCUUCUUCGACCUUUAGCCUACGGUAGUGUUUUAAAAUUAGUUAAUAUGUGUAACUUUUGAACUUGUGAACAACAAAAAAAAUUGGUCAGGAAAUAAAACGAUACUUGAAUACAGGUGUGAAGACGCUUAGGAAGUUAGGCGCUUCGGCGUUUAUUCGUAUGGAUCGAAAUCUAAAAAGUUUCCCAUUCGGAGACUCCCCCCCACCCCCUGCUCCCCGGGUUAGGUGUAGAAUAACAGGAAUAUAUAUCUUCCUUGAACCACUUACUUCUAUUUUCAUGUUAGCACUUUAAUGCUGAAAAGGGUUUCAUUGUGACCACAAAACAGGCACCCAGCUAGGUUUUCUUACUGAUGUUGUGGGGGGAGGGUGUCCCUGGGUGGGUGGGGAAAUAUAUUUUUUUUUAAAUAGAAAUCAGUGCGUUCUUGCAAUGAAACGUUAUAAGGGUCCAAAUCAUGCUUGCUCUCACGAAACCAAGCUUAACAGCGAAAGAGGCUUAGCCAUUUUUUUUUGUUGGCUUUGAAAUACAGUAUUUUUCGCACCGGACCAUAUGACGCACACAUAGCUUUCGAGGCGGAAAACGAGAAAAUAAAAAUCUGCCUCCAAGCAUCCAUCCGGUAUUCAUCCGGUUAGCGUCCUUGCAGCAAACAGCCUGGUCAGCUUCAGCACGUUAUCGCAGUCCCCAGCAUGUGGCUUGUCAGGGUUCUGCUCAGUUGUGUCCAUCACCGGUCAACAUAGCUGAGCUGCUGCUGCUUCCGGAAACACAAGGGCCGUCGCUGCCAAGCAGCUGAUUGGUGGCUGGAUCGGCCUCCUGGAAUACUGCCGACCGAUUUUUCUAGGCAGCGGGGAUCGCUGGCAAUCGGCGGCGGCAAUCCCCGUCACCGAGGACAGCUGAUCGGGGGUAUUCCGGGAAGCCGAUCCAAUCGCCGAUCAGCUGCUCGCCAGCAAAGGUUCCAGUGUUCCGCGGUAGCAGUGAAUGGUGGCAGGUGGCGGCAAAUGCUGCCACCAUACCAACCGCUGUCCCUCUGUCUCAAUAUUCGUUCUAUAAGACGCACAAACAUUUCCACCCACUUGGGGAGAGAUGCGUCUUAUAGUGUGAAAAACACCGUAUAUUAUUGGUAAUGCAUGUGGGCCCUCCUUAAAAGAGAAUGGAGACACUUUCUCUAAACGUUAACACUUGUUCUUAUUAUUGUUCUUAUUAUCCCGGUGAUUAAGCUUAACUCAGUGGCUGUGCCAUUGUAUUUCACUUUUUUUUUUUUUUGGACUGGGUAGGGUAGAUGGAAGAAAUUAUAAGAUCUGGACCUUUUUCUACAGGAUAAGCAGGUUAACCAUUUACAGUGAAUCGUUUUUUGUUUUUUUAACCCCUCGUCUUAUUCCCUGGGAGGAAAAACAAAAUUAGAAAUCUAAUUUUGUAGAUUUUUUUGCCCUGAACAGUGCAGAAGCUUCCUACCAAAGCAGCCUUGGCAAAUGAUGUUGUAUUUUUUCCCCCCUCUCUGCAACUGAGUUGGUAGUUUUUAAGAGAGAGCCUACUAGUUAGUUCGUUUUUUACAGCAGCCUCACGGAAAAGGAGGGUUGGCUUUUUUGGAGGGGGGAGAGGGGGCAGAUGUGCUAGCCUUGAGUUUCCUUUUGGGGUCAUGCUUUCCUUGCGUCGCAAAUUGGGACUAUACUUUUCCAGGGCUCGCGAUUUUCCAGGGUCUUGAUUUAAGCAAAUAACAGAAAUGGUCAAGAAGCCAUGUAGUUUUGGUGAUGUUUUUUUUUUCUUGUCAAGUAACCUCUUGCCCUUUUUUUUUGUAAAUUAUGAUAUUUGGAGUGGGUGUUACAGAAAGUUGAAAAGGAUUGUGAUGAAUAAAAGUAGUUAGCGAUUGGUGGUUUGUCAUGAAAAUCUCCUGUCCUCAUCACUUAAGCUAUUUUUUUUCUUCUUUUUCCCCUUUUCUGAAGUCUCUAUUUCAGGGGGGGUGUUAAACUCAAUUUCAAUG